AUGUCCCCGUUCUUGGACAGCAUCGCCACCAUCGUCGGCGUCUUCCAGCAGCACGCCCGGGGAGAUGGGGACGGCUCCGGGCUCAGCCGCAGGAGGAUGAGGGAGCUCAUCCAGAGGGAAUUUGCAGAUUCCCUGGUGAAGCCACACGACCCUCAGACCAUUGAGAAGAUCCUGCAGUUCCUGGAGUGGGAUGGGGACGGGGACAUCGAUUUUAAUGAGUUCCUCCUCCUGGUGUUCCGGGUGGCCAAGUGCUGCUUCUGGUUCCAGUCGAGGGCCCCGUUCCUGGUGCAGAGGACAAAGCUCCCAACCGGAGGAAAAUCCCUCCAGGAGCCGGAAUUCAGGAGCAGAGGGAGCCGCCGGCAGUUCCAGGAGGAGGAACAAACCUGGGAGAGGAAUCGUGAAGCUGAGCUGCAAGGAGACGUCAGGGUCGGGGAGGUGGAAAUCUCAGAGGAUGCAAGGAGGGAUCAGCAGGAACGUCGCACGCGGAGCAGGAAGGAUGUGGAACCACGCGGGGAGCCGAUCCCUCGGGAAUACCGGGAACGGAGCCAGGAGCCAUGCGAGCAGCGGGAGAGCCGGAGAAGGCGGCAGCCCCCGGAGCCAGACAGACGGGAGGGAGAGAGGAGAGACCGGGAGGGGCCCCGGGAGGAAGAACUGGCAGACGUGAGGACGGGCAGGCAACGCCAAGAACCCCAAGCACGGCCGGACCGGUGGAGCCGCCAGGAGCCAGGGCGUGAUGAAAGAACCCAGCGGCCACGAGGAGCAGAUGGAGAAGGUGACAAUCGGCCACGGGAACCCGAAUUGGUCCGGGAAGAGAGGAGCCGCCACCGCCGGCGUGAACUGGAACAAAGAGAGCUGGAAGGGAGAAGCUGCCGGGCGGCUGAGCUGGAAUGUCCGGAGUCCAGGCGGCCACAUCAGUCGUACCUGGAGGAACCGUUAGAGAUUGACCUCGGGGAGUGUGGGAGAGCAGAGCCAGAGGAACGUGGCUACGGACAGAGAACAAAGCGGGAACGAGAGCUGGAAUCUGUGGAAAGGGAAAGGGAGAUCCGGGAGGAGCAGGAGAGGGAAGAAAGAGAUGAUCGCAGAAGAAAAGGGAGAAUGAGAGAGAGGAGGGUGGAUCAGGAACGGGAGCUGGAGGUGGACGUGUCUGAGCGCCGCACAUGGGAGAGACGAGAGCGUGAAAUUCGUGAGAUUGAAGAUGAUGGAAGGAGACAGAGAGAACCAGUGAGGUAUGAAAGGGAGAGAGAGAUCUCAGUGGCAGCAGCAGAAGCCGACAUCAAAGUGCACCGUGAGAUCCGGGAACGAGGUGAGGAGCUGAGACGGAGAGAACGUCCCUGUGAGGAUGAGGAGGAAGCAGAAACAGAGAGGAGAAUUUCCCGGGUCAGAGAAGAGGCUGCAAGGAAGAGGAGAAUCGAUCGGCAACGGGAGCUGGAGGUGGAGGCCUCUGAGCGCCGGACACGGGAAAGGGAGGCAGAAGUGGCCAGAGUCAGACAGAGAGAGACACGGGAGAGACGAGAACGUGACAUUCGGGAGGCUGAAGUAGAUGCCAGGAGAGAACAAGAAGUGUACGACAGGAGAAGAGAGAUCUCAGUGGAAGCAGCAGAAGCCGACGUCAAAGUGCGCCGUGAGAUCCGGGAACGGGAACCACGAGAGGAGCUGAGACGGAGAGAGCGUCCCUGUGAGGAUGAGGAGGAAGCAGAACCAGAGAGGAGAAUUUCCCGGGUCAGAGAAGAGGCCCUGAGGGAGAGGAGAAUUGAUCGGCAACAGGAGCUGGAGGUGUCUGAGCGCCGGAUACGGGAAAGGGAGGCAGAAGUGUCCAGAGUUGGCCGGAGAGAGACACAGGAGAGACGAGAGCGUGACAUUCGUGAGGCUGAAGUAGAUGCCAGGAGGGAACAAGUGUAUGACAGGAGAAGAGAGAUCUCAGUGGAAGCAGCGGAAGCCGAUGUCAAAGUGCGCCGUGAGAUCCAGGAACGGGAACCACGAGAAGAGCUGAGAAGGAGGGAACGUCCCUGUGAGCGUGAGGAGGAAGCAGAACCAGAGAGGAGAAUCUCCCAGGUCAGAGAGAGGGAAGAGGCCGUGAGGGAGAGGAGAAUCAACCGUGAACAGGAGCUGGAGGCCUCUGAGUGCCGCAGCCGCCGGACACGGGACAGGGAGGCAGAAGUGACCAUCACUGACCAGAGGGAGGCACGUGAUGAGAUCAGGCUGGAGGUCCUGGAGGAAGAAGAUGAGGAGGAGCUGGAGCAGGGCCAGUGCCGGUACCAGACCCUGGACGUGGACACCGGCGAUCUCUGUCCCCCAGGACAGGAGGUGCCCGUCAGUGACCUCAGGGUCCGGUACCGCCCCGCUGACCCCGAUGUCCGGCCCGAGGUGCGGCUGCUCCCCGAGCCCGUGGAGCCUCAGACCGUCGCCUACUUGGUGCACGUGAUCCAGAACCUGGAGGACCCCAAGGCCGCUACCUACGAGAUCGUGUGCCACCAGCCCGGCCAGCGGGGCCAGCCCGUGUGUGUCCGGACCUGCUCCGUGUCCCCACGGCCACCGAGCGACCGCCAGGGCCACCCUGAGGCGCCGCCAUCCAAAUGCCAGGAAAACCGCGAGGUUCUGGAUGAGCCCCGGGAAAGAUCCGGAAAAGAAGUGAAGGACGGAGCCCUGCGGGAUUCGGCUGAGCCGGAGGCUGUGAAAGGCGAGCGGGUGAAAUCCAAGGAGAUCCGGAGGCGCCCCGAGAUCCCUGAGGUGGAGCAGGAUCAGCCCCAGGGUGAGGAGCCCCAGAAGGUCCCACGGGAGCCCGGAUCCGGCUGCCAGCGGAGAGAGCGCGAGGACAGCGAGGCCAGGAGCUGCGUCCCCCCGGAAUGUCGGGAUGCGGAGCGGAGAGACCCCGGAGAGAGCCGCAGAGAGGGAAUCCAGGAGGCUCAGGAGGCUCCUGAGGAGGAACCCAGCAAGAGGAGCCCCCGGGAACCCGGCAGCUCCCAGGUUUCUCGGGAAGGUGGCACCAAGCAGGGCCAGGAGCCCCCGCAGGAGGCCCCGAGCCGCCCCAGGGAUGAAUCCAAGACAUCCUGAGGGGAAUCCGCCUCUCCCUGGAGCCUCUCCAGGUCCUUUUGAGGGUCACUUCUGCCCCCCAUUGCCAGCUUGGCAAGCGGUGGCCCAGCAGUGAUGGACUCAAAAGGAUCCCGGGGUGUCCAGUGGGGUUUGGGGGCUUUUCCCUGGAAUUAAUCCUCAGCAGAAAGCAAGAUCCCCCCGGAUCCGGAGUUUCCACCUCCCUGCUGGGUGUAUCCCUCCAUAUUUAAUCAUUUCUUCUGCUCUAAUUGGAGUCCUUGGGUCCCUCUGUCCUCUUUUGCACCCUGGCGUGUCACUUCAGGUCCCCCCGGGCA